AUGCUAACCCAAGAGCAGCUCCGAAAAUUCCACGGCACCGAGUGUAUCAUCGCUUUCGUGCUAAACCUGGUGCUCAUCUCGCUGAUCAUCCGGAAGACGUCUACCGUAAUUGGGAAAUAUUCGUAUUUACUACUCGGAUUUUCUGUCUUCAACUUGUUCGGCGUCUGGACAAUCAACAGUCACCUGACCCUCGGCGCCGUCCAGCCUGACGUCUAUCUCGACAUGUCACGCGUGUAUUUUGAGAACUUUGGCCGGCCGCUGAACGAGACCAGCUGCAUCGGGCAGAGCUUCUGGUCAGCCACCAACAGCUCGCUAUGGAUUGCGUAUUUCGGGACGCUGAUGCUGAUCGUAAUCUUAUCGAUUACCUGGAGCGUCAUCAUCUACUCUGGCUAUCAAAUCUUCAAGCUUCUCGGCAUCAAGGAAGCCGUCAGCCAGAAAACGCGCGCACUACAGAAGGAGCUAUUCAAGGCCCUGGUUGUUCAGCUCCUCGUCCCAUUGUUCUGCAACUACCUUCCCCUAACUUGCAUUAAUGGUUCGGCGGUAUUUGGAAUUCCGAUGAACAUUGAGCCAAUGUGCAUCCUGGUCAUGGAAACCAUCAUUCGCUUCAUCUGUUGUCGAAAAGCCCCCGAGUCGAAGGUGUACACCAGCAGCGGAGGAAAUGCCUCCACCAGGCGCCAAACUUCGAGCAACAAAGUAUCGGAAGGAAAUCAGGGCACCACCACUCGGACUUCCGUGGCCGAUGCCCAGAUCGAGAUCAGCAUCUCGAAGAUA